GUUCAUCAAGCUCCCCGCCCCCUCCACAGAGAGUAGUCGACUCAGCUGAAACUACAAAUCAUGGGCAAAUGAGUCAAUCUAUCUUUUCUUUGUGAGGCGGCGAAACGAUCCUCAAAUAGCUGGAUUGUUAGAGACAAUGGCUCUCACUAAUAUCUACAAGGCACAAACAAACAAGUUUUCACAUCUUGGCAGUGAUGAUGAAGACGAUGAUGCUGACGAUGAUGAAUUUUACGAUGAUGAAAUUGAAAUCUUUAAUAAAAAUUCUGGACUCCAUUCUUCUAUGAGAUCGGGUAUUGAGAAAAAGCCAUUAAUGCAGAGCACAAGAGCAAAAGUGAAGCACAGACAGACUAACACUUGGUGUACUACAAAAUGUUGUUUUGCUAGUAUGAUUUGGGCUGUAUUAGUGAUUAUUAUUAUAGGACUUGUAAUGAUGGCUGUAAAAAUGGUCCAGACUCAAGUUGCUGAUGAGAAACUUGAAAAUUCUAAAAAGGUAUUACCAAGUAGUUCUGCCAUUUAUAAUGAUGAUCCAAACAUUGAAGGCUGUACCCAGUUAAAAUCCCAAAAAAUCUGGCACACAAGUCUACCCAAAUUAAUGACAGAGACAGCUGUCCGACUUAAUGAUGUAAACAAUGACGGAGUCUCGGACAUAAUUGUGGGUUUUUCCACUGGAGUAGAUUCCUAUAAGCCCCCUAAGCUGGCAUGUGAUUUGUACUUUGAUGGGAACUACCCUUGCUAUGGUGGCGCACUAGCCCUUGAUGGUGUGACAGGUAAAGAGAUCUGGCGACAUUAUGCAAUGCAUGAGGUUUAUGCUGUAAAUUGUAAUGGUGAUCUGGACCAAGAUGGAACCUGGGAUUGUCUCCUUGGCGGCCGAGGAGGGGUCUUCCAGGCCGUCAGUGGUAGGACUGGGAAACUUCUCUGGAAUUUUGGUGACCAGCCUGCAAGGGACACAAACAUGAACAUGUAUACGGCUCAGUUUAUACGAGAUUUAGAUGGUGAUGGUGUCAUGGAGGUUCUUGUAGCACAUGGUGGUGAUCCACUUGCGGAAGCAAACAGUCCAGAAAGACUAAAGGGAAGACUGAUCAUAUUCUCUGGUAGAACUGGGGUUGUUUUGCGAUGGGUGGUGGUUCCUGAUGAAAGGGAGACCUACUUUUCUCCGAACUUGUACACUAAACAAGAUGGUACAGAAAUGGUGCUUUUUGGGACGGGAGGCGAGACACACCCAGGGGGGCUAUGGGUCAUUCCUUUGAUGAAUCUGUACAAAGGCAAGAUCCAGUCUGCUCAGCAGAUUCAUGAGGAUAAAUACAAAGGUGUGAUGACCCCUCCUGUGCUAGUUGAUCUCACAAAAGAUGGAGUUGUGGACAUUGUUAUGGCCAUGUACAACUCAACAAUUAUUGCAUUUGAUGGAGAGACUUACGCUCAGCUCUGGAACUAUUCAUUUCCCAAGAGUGAAUCCUACACGACCCCGGCUGCUGGGCUGUAUAAUGAUGAUGAUGUACCAGACAUUCUAGUGCGCUAUAACUAUGGCGAUGGGUUUCCUGUUUAUUUCUAUUCACAGAUGACCAUUCUUGAUGGGAAAACGGGCAAGCCACUCAUUGUACCAUUCAAGAAAACCUCUGUUGUCGCCAAUAGCUCUCCAUUGACUGCAAGUAUGGAGGGGAAAGGCAACGACCUCUUCAUAUACUGGAUGGCGGAUUGCCUUGGUCACGAAGGGGAGGGGGGAGAGUUCCAAUUUGUCGAGGGUACAAAUGUGCAUGAGCAGAGUCGAGCUGAUACCUGCCAUCUGAGGUACUACACCAAGUCAUUCAGUAAAGUGAACGUGAUGAACGCCAAGACAGGAUUCCCGGGUGCUAAUAUCUACUAUUCAGAGGACUACUGGGAACUUGAGCGCUCUUCCCAAAACGGCACAACCAGCUCAGCGAAAUCGCGCGCCCGGGGACGCCACCGCCCGCACCCGAUCAUCAAACGUCACAUCGGGGUACCAGAUCACGGGGGAUUCCAGCGCAUUAUCUCAACUGGCGCCAUAGCCCCCUCUCUCAAGACCAUCAGUAAUAAUGGCCCUUCUAGGUCCAUCGAUGUCGUGUUUGCCACCUAUUGGCAGUACCCCGCGAAGGUGCGGGUCAUUCUGCCCGAGGACCGCGCGUGCAUUGAGAGAUACAGGAAGCUCAGUAAACAAGGUAAAAUAAAAAACGUGCUAAGCACGGAUGAAAACGAAAAGCAAGGUAUUUACGAUGCUGGUGACUCCGCCGUCAACUACUGUCUGGAGAAAAGCGAACAACGCAAGCAAAAGACAGACGGUGACAAGAUUUACGUCAGCCAAUCAGACUUCGAUUGGUACAAAGUCCACUUUGGAGCCCUCACCAUAUAUAGAUUUCAGAUUUCCUGCGACUGCGCCAAUCUUGCACCCGGCAAGCAUUGCAGUCGGUUUUUACCCAUGAGUCACCAGUCGUGGGGAGGUUACAUGGGCACGCUUUCAAAUGGCUAUUACAUCCCUAGAGAGGGCUACUACAAGACAUGAUUAGGCAAAGAUAAAGGGGAUAGGGUGGUGGCGUUGAUAAUGAAGUGAAAGAUAUGUACAAUGUAAAACGCAAUCACGAUAUACAUAAUUAUAUUUUUUCAACUCUU